CUGCCUAUUUCUGCAACAAGAUGGUCACCAUUUGUGCUGCUUUUAUCUACAACUGUGUCCUGCUUCUGUUGCUUUUACUACUUGUUACAUACUGUGAUAGUGUCUGCCUCAAUUUGGCCUUUAAAUCUGGUUGUCUGGCAAUGUCAUAAUUCACAACUGUAAGAUUUAUCAACAAUAUGUUCAUUUUAUGUUUUCUUUUUCUUUUUUUUUUGCUCCGUCAGGCUUUAAUGUCAAUCACUUGGACAUCGCUCCACGCUACGCCAGUAUCUUAAUGGGAAUCUCUAAUGGUGUGGGUACCCUGUCUGGGAUGGUGUGCCCACUGAUUGUUGGUACCAUGACAAAGAACAAGACUCGAGAGGAGUGGCAAUAUGUGUUCCUGAUCGCCUCCUUGGUGCAUUAUGGGGGUGUGAUCUUCUACGGGAUCUUUGCUUCGGGAGAAAAACAGCCGUGGGCCGACCCAGAACUGACCAGCGAGGAGAAGUGCGGCUUCAUAGACGAGGACGAGCUGGCAGAAGAGACGGGCGACAUCACUCAAAGUUACGGUGCCUUUGGAGCUCAGCCCAAGUCGUACGGUGCGACCACGCAGGUGAACGGAGGCUGGGCUUCAGGCUGGGAGAAGACAGAGGAGUACGUCCAGGAGGAGGCGCAGGCAGGAGGCUACGGCUACAGGCAGGAUGAGGGAUACUCCUAGACCAAACACACAUUCGCCGACACAUGAGUAGACUUAUUUUCCUGAGUGUGCAUCAGUUUAGUCAUAAAAAUAUCGACAAACGAGAAAAACUACAAUCCAUUGUUGUAUUGUUUGCACAAAUUCUAAAAGAAAAAAACCUAACAAAGUAUCAACGUAAUGUAAAAAUGACUAAAAUGUGUAAAAAAUACAAGGAUAUUCGAUUAAUAGAGGUGUAACAUAUCAAAUUGGCAGUCUGUAAAUGUAUUAUUAUGCAUAUUGAUAAUAGAUAUAUUCAUUUGGAGUGCAAUUGUGUGUAAAUGUGGACAUUUUCAUCCCAUCAGCCAAGGCUUCCUGGCCAAUCUGAAGCCUGUAGGGUUAGCCUACAUAGAAGCUGCCCAUGAGAACCAAACCCCUUAUUUAUCAAACUAACUGUUACAGUACAACGUUCUAGAAGCCAGCCAUUACAGUGUAUAGAUAUGUCACUGCACAGCGUCGUAAACAGAAACUAGACACUCUGUCGAUAUAGAUUGUACUGUAUCUCUCCUGAAUGCACUCAGAGUAGUGUGUCCUCUUAAUGCACAAUAUGAUGGUCUUUUUGUUUUCUUAUCACCGGCUUCUGUGUGUGUGUGUGUGUGUGUGUGUGUGUGUGUGUGUGUGUGUGUGUGUGUGUGUGAGUGUGUGUGUGUGUGUAAAAGUCCUAAACAUGUGAGUGACCUGGUGUAGAGAUCUGAGUGGCAUAUAAUGACCUGUGAUGAUCGUUUGGUUGCACUUGCAUAUAAGGUAAAACAUGUCUGUCUAAUGUUUGCUAUAUGUGAUCCAUUUUGUAACUCGGUACCUCUGCAGUCGAACGUUUGAGUUUAGCAUUUUCAACCCGUCACAUCUCAGCAGUGUAGUGCAGGAGUAAAGCCAUUCUCAUUAUUGUACUCACCAUAACUGUCAAAAGUCUAGUUGCACCAAUGCGCUACUGAAAGAUUUGUCUUAGAUAAAUACAUAUAUGACAGAGAAAUCUAGAGAUAAAGAUGUAUAAGAGUUUAUAGAUUAAUUUAGACCAAGAGAUUCAUGGUCGUACACGACCUUAUGAAGGGUUGUGCAAUGCAAAGACGUAGCAAGUACAGACUAGCCAAAAUCAGUAUGAGAUUCUUAAUAUAUUAGAGCAGCAAACCUAAUAAUGUUUAAUGUGAAGGGGAAAAAAAUGAAUAUUUAAAAUGGCGUGAGAUAGAUAUUAACAUGAUCAAAUGGAGAAGAGAGUAAUUUUUGAUGUUAAAGCCUCUGAAAACAAAGUAUUUCUCAAUAACAUCAAAUAUUUAUGACUAAAAAAGCAACAACAUAAGCUGAAAAAAGAAAUCUGUUAUGUGAAAUAAUCAAAAAUUAUUAACUUUAGCAGAGAUAUGAGGGUUUAUGUAGGAUUAUAUUGUUUAAAGGGGACCUAUUGUGCUUAUUUUCAGGUUUCUACUACACUUUACACACUUUAAUAUUCAAAACACACUUUAUUUUUCACACACUGUCUUCCUGAAUAUAACUGUAUCCACCCUCUGUCUGAAACACGCUGUUUUAGUGCCUGUCUCUUUAAACCCCGCUCCCAGAAAAGCACAGUCUGCUCUGAUUGGUCAGUGUAUCCGGGUCUUCCAUUUCUCGGCGUCCCUGCACCAUCAUCGCAGCGGGGGAAUGACUGUAACGGAAUAUAACGGCACUUUCUGCUGUAAAAAAAUUACCAAAAAAAGGAGUAUGAUCAGCAACAAGGAAUACAUGUUCCCCUGAUAUUAGCAUGUAGCUACAUGUAGCAGUGUAGGCUACGUACUGUAAACACUUAGUGUGAACCUGUAAGCACAGGUGCUGUGGGGCGACACAUAUGAAAUGGCAACACAAUCGUCAUAUAUCAACGUUUGGUCAUGGACUUUUAAGUUCUGCCUCAUACAUGCAUUGUCUUCUUUCAAAAUACACUUCUGUUUUCACAGGAAAUUUACCGUUUACAUAGAGUCUCUUUCAAAAUAAGCACACUACAUCAGUACAACACUGAAAAUUGACGGGGUUUUUUCCCCUUCGACAACAAAUGCACGUGUGUGCGUUUUGCCAAGACACAUGUGGCUGGGUUUAGGAGAAAAGAACAGGGUUUGGCUUUACAAUCUCAAUCGAACACUGGCCUCUCAGGUGAAAGUCGGUGUUUGUUGGACCCAUCCACCACCCCUCUCACCUGCCCCACUUGGACUUUCGCCGCCUUAACUUUUGUUCUGCCAUGUUUCCCUCUGAUGCUGCCGCGCACCGUUAAACUAUAAUGGCGACUGGCCGUGUAUCAUGCCGAUGUUAAAGGACGGCUUUUAUCAUCGGUGUCUGAUGCUGCAAGUCACUGCCCAAGCGCCGGACUUGAAGACUUCGGAGUGAGACCAGGUUAGAAAUAGGGCGGUUUAGAGUGUCAAACACUUAAUUUCCUGUAUCCUGGUGAAUUUUUAUGCAUCUUUUGCCUUUUCUGCAGCAGUUUACGGUGGAAAUGUCUUAAAUCUCGUCAAAAUAAAACUCCUCUGCUCCUCUCAUGGUUUAAUUAGAGGGAACAAAUGCACAUGUUCAAAUGUUCUAAAUAUUGAGGUGGACAUGCGCUCUACAUCCCACCUGAAAUCUUCACCUCUGAGAUGACUGUAAAAAGGAAUUUGUCAUCAGCUUGUAGCCAAAGUAGAAAAGCCAUUGUAAAAAGAUAAUUCAGAACAAUCUGAAGCCUGGGGUUUUUGCUCACACUGAUUUGUUUUUUACAUUUUAUACCUCAUUUUCUGAAACUUUGGCCACAUUUAAUAUGAACAUCAGACAUUGUAAUAUUUCUAUAUGACAGAAAAUAUGAAUAGGUCCUCUUUAAAGUGAGAAGCUGAUUGAGAAUAUGUGUUUUCAGGGCCUUUAAAUCUGAAGGGAAAAUAGUUUAAAAUGUCAAAUAACAUGACAGAAGUCAAAGUGAACAAACAAGUAUUUGAAUGUUUACAUAUACGUUGCAUUACGUUCACCAAACCAGGAGAUUUCUAUUAGCGGUUAUAGAGACGAUGCAGCAGGAGGGGCAAUCACAAAUGUGUGCAAUUUGGACAAACUGCCAUUUGUCCAUUUCCAUCACAGGAUGGAAGUGAGAUUAAACAGUUUAUGAUGUGAUGUUUGAUGCAAUGACCUGUCUUCAUGGGAGUCUGGUAAUGAAAAGUGUUUUAGGCUCCUGAGUAGAAAGAACAAGCGAACACACCUCCACAAUCACUUUCGUCUUCAUUCUGCACUUGCACUGACAAGGUCUGAAGGGGGCCAAUUUUGUUUGAUUUAUCACCUGUCUGUGGAGACCUUGAGUCAGCAUUUCACAAUAUAGAUGUGUGUGGAUGUGUAUUUAUGCAUGGAACAAAGUGAAAUUUGUUGUAUGUCCUUUUUUAAUUUCCCUUUUUCGUUCCAACUUAUUUGUCUUUGUCUCAGAAACUGUUACUGAUGCUUCAAUUUCUUUGCACAAUCAACCAAAGGUGAAGAGCAGAGCUGGGUUUUAGCUGGAAGUCAAAUGUUUUUGAGGGAGUACAGACCAUCAGCAGCGAGGUUCCAGCGUUUGGACCCCCAGUGUGCAGGUGGCCCCAAACAUUACUCAGUGUACAAAGCAAUAAAUUCAUAGUAACAGUUCUGGUCAAACGUCACAAACAGUCAUUAUGUUGCUGUUUUUUAUGCAUUUGUUUGAAAGUCGUGUUUUUUUGUGAUAACAAAUGUAGAAAAUAAACACUUGUAAAGAAAAAAAAACAUAUAAUAUAUGUAUGAAAAAUAUAGUAAUAGAGUCCAACACAAACGUCUUUGACAACAAAGAGGUGCGAAGAGUUUGUGACGGGGCUGCUCACCAGAUGAGAAUGAUAAAAAGAGCUCUGCCUGAGAGGCAGACGCUCUUCUUCUUCUUCAUGUUUUUGUUUUGGUGUGGUCCAUGUUGUUUCCUCUCUCUUUCUCUCUCUCUCUCUUCACUCUUUCCUCACUCUUUAGUUUGAUUAAUGUUCUUCAUUCAGUGGCUGGACCCCCCUACUUAUAACCACAUGUACCUCCUCCCUGUUCAACCCUGAUUCCAUUGUCACAAUAUCCAUUGACAUUGAGGAUGAAACCUAAACAGGUGAUUCUGCAUUUUCAAAAAUGACAAAUGUGCAACCUGAAGUAGUUAAAAGUUUCCUGUUUUGUGCCUCUGAAGUUACAGUGUGAUUCUAUGGCUUCUGUUGCUGUGUAAAUUGAGAGAUUUGUUGGUGUCGAAAUGAACUCUAUAUCCUUUUUUGAUAAAAAAGAAA